AGUUCUCAAGAGGAGAAGGAUUCAGGUGGCAUGCGUGCAAGAAACCAGGCGGGUGGGCACUAAGGCGCGAGAGGUUGAUGGUUUCAAACUGUGGUAUUCAGGUUCAGCUAGGGGAAUGAAUGGAGUCGGCAUUCUGGUGGCGCCGGAGCUGCGGGAGUUUGUGGUGGAGGUGAAGAGGAUUAGUGAUCAUCUAAUGUUUAUCAAGUUGGUUUUGGGUGGCUGUGCGAUCAAUGCCGUGAGUGCUUACGCCCCGCAUGUUGGCCUGGCAGACGAAGUAAAGAGGGAGUUUUGGGACGCCUUGGAUGGGGUGGUUGUUGGUUUUCCACUGACUGAAAAAGUCGUCAUUGGAGGCGACUUCAAUGGCCAUAUUGGAGAUUCGGUCGAUGGCUUCGAGGACGUGCAUGGUGGUUUUGGCUUUGGCAGCAGGAACCCAGCGGGAGUUUCACUCUUGGAGUUUGCCAGAGCGAGUGAUUUCGUGGUUGCUAACUCGUGUUUCCCUAAACGAGACGACCAUUUGGCUACAUUUGUUAGUGGAGUGGGGACGACACAGAUCGACUAUCUUUUCUUGCGCAGGUGUGAUCGGGUGCUCUGCAAGGAUGCUAAAGUAAUUCCGAGUGAAAACGUCACUACCCAACACAAGCUUCUCGUGAUGGAUGUUAUGAUCAGGUGGGAGAAACAUAGGAGAGCUUUGAGUGGCAACACACAAAUCAGGUGGAGGAGACUAAGUGCGGAGAACAUCGCUGAGUUGACCAGGCGAGUGCA